GCACGAAGCUCCUCCUCCAUUGUCGCUGAAGUAAUCGUCGAAAGCAUACAAGGAACGACGAAUAGUGGAAACAGCCUUCAAAUACCUAGUUGUGUGUUGAAGUCUUCGAUCAGUACGCAAUGGCGAAAUUAUUCAAGCUUCUAGCACCACUUGCCGUGGUUUUAAGUGCCGUUUAUGUGCAAUGCGAGUUAACCAUAGAACCCAACUAUGCUACACUGUACGUGGUGGCUCCAAAUGGCCUCAACUUGACCUGCAGCGGUCAAGAUACUACCGAGGGGACGGUAGAUGUAGUGUGGUAUAAAGGGGCUGAGAAGGCCGCUGAUGCAGGAUUCAAUGUGGUCACCAGGAUGAGUUACAUCCCAGGGGACGGAAGCCACCAGACAGAGUUGGUGUCUAUUCAGAAAACCUCAACCAGCUCUGCGGAUUCCGAUGAGUAUAGAUGUAAACUGACAGGAGCGCAAGACAGAACCAUAACAGUGAUGGUUUUAAAUGUAACAACCACAAACAGUGAGUAUGUGAAGAACAUGCAUAGUGCCACCUUGGCCUGCAACAUGGCCACCAACAUUGCUCCAGAGAAAUACACCAUGCACUGGCGAAAGGGGGACAAAAAGCUGGUGAAAGAUGACAAGUAUGACAUAUUUGAAGCCAACAACAGCCUUGUCGUCAUUGAUCCAAUUCGCAAUGAUUGUGGCGAGUAUUUCUGUGUGUUCACAUUCAAGGAAAAUUCUCAAGUUGCCAAGGUCCCUGUUAAUUUCUAUGCUGCACCCUAUGUGCGCAAGUUUGACAAGUCCAAGAACCUGAUUGAGGGGGAUCCCCUGACUCUCCGUUGUGACGUUGUCGGCUUCCCAGCCACUGCCAUCACCUGGUUCAAGGAUGAUGUCCGCAUUGAGGAUCACAAGAAAAUUGUAGUGACGGUCGACGACCACAGCAACAACGAAGACGGCAUGCUGCAAAUCGCUAAAGUGGACUUUGAUGACAAGGGAAAGUACAUGUGUCUCGCCUACAGUUCCUACUUCAACCAAUCGGCCAAUGGCACCAUUGUUGUCCGAGUCAAGGACAAGUUGGCUGCACUGUGGCCCUUCCUUGGCAUUGUUGCUGAAGUGAUUGUCCUGUGCAUCAUCAUCUUCAUUUACGAAAAGAAGCGCAGCAAAUCUGAGGAUGAGGUCAAUGAUGCUGAUGCAGCAAACUCUGCUAAUGCUGCAGACCACAAGGGCAAGGAUGAAGUAAGGCAGAGAAAUGUUCGAGCUUAAGUGGCACAGUACAUCAAGAGGUUCUCAGGCGUCAUAGUGUUACAGAAAUAAAUUAUGGAACAAGUAAAUAUAGAUGUUCUGGAAUACAAAAUUCAAACUUUGUAAGAACAUAUUUAAAGAAAUGUUUUGUACAAAAACACUAGCUAUAUGGUGUACCAGUUCAGGGAGAUCCAUGGUUCACCCUUAUGAUAAAAUGGAAAAUGCGACAUCAGAGAGAACAAUCUCAAUAACAGAUACCAUUCUUUAAGUUGGCCUAGAUUCACCUCCUUACAUCAGUCUAGGCAUUCCGCAACAUUGGAGGGAAGUUGGAGAUCUCUACAGAUUGUGAUCAUUUUAAAAUAUCAGAUUGCUAGAAAACAGAGGGAGAAUUUACAAUAGUGUCGCAAUGGUUACUAUUAUUUUCAUAAUUGUUACAAAUUUCUGGGUCUUAUGAUUGACUGAUAAUGUUGCUUUGUGUUCAUAAAUUCUCUCUCUGUUUAUAUAUUAUACCUUUUAUCGUGUUUGUUGAAAUUGUAAAUAGGUACGCUAUUACAGAUUUUAGUGAAGUAAUUUCUACUGCUAUUGACUAAGGUCUAAAAUGUGUCAGUUGGAAGACAUGACUGGAUUGUUUUAGCAUGGUUCAGGUUAAUUCAAAUUUUAACUAUUUAUUUUGCCACCGUUUCACAUGUUCCAAAAUUCAAUUUUUGUGAAAAUAAUUAUUGACUUGCAUCAUAACACUUCAGAUAUAUGUUCAUAUAUAUAUUGAAGGUGUUAAUAUCUGGUCAACAAUUGUUCCAACAUUUGAAGGGUGUGUAUUUCAGCCAGUGACCUCCUUGUUCAGUGUAACCUACACUGUAUCAAUGCUACCCUUCAUAUGAGCUAUUGCUGUUGAUUCGUCAUACUGCUCUCUGUACAACCUUGCUUUCAAAUUUGGAGUUUUUAUUUAUACAUUUUUUCUCUUCAAACUUCUUCAUAUAGAUAUCUUGGAGUCAUUAGUAUUUUAUUAUGUCAGGAACAUAAAGGUCAUGUAAAUGUUAUAAAUUUGUAAUUUCUUGACUAUUUGUAAAUAUGCAAUGUGUUUUAAGUAUGUAACUCCACAUAUUAUGCUGAAAGUUUAAACUAAAGGAACUGUUAGUGAUCUCAUGUUUUUUAACUAUACCCCAGUUGAAGCACAGGCUCUUUGUCAUUGCUUAAAUAUGUCUAGAUCAAUAAAGUUAAAAGUAUAGGAUAGUGCAUUUCUGACACUCGUAAUAUUAAUUGAUUUCAAAAUAUUUAAGACACGGCGGAAGGGCCUGUGAAGCUGUGUAGGAUUCCAAACUAGAGCAGUAAGGUCCGUCGUGGAGCCAGCUCCUACGAAUAUCGCUAACUACACGUUCACUGGAACCAGUAGUGGUAAAGCCAGGAAACACCUUCAAAAGCUGGAACUGUUAUUAGCCCUCCAGGUACCUACAACUAAUGGGCUAAUAGUAGUUCUAUAGCUUGUUAUUGUCAACCUUGAGAGCUGAUGGUGGCGUGCAAUGCCAACCAACCAUACCUCUCAGUGGAUCAUGAUAUUGCUGACAGGAUCGCCUGCUCCACUGUAUAUUUAUACAGAAUGUCUGAAGGAGUGAGAAAGUGACAGACAUUGAAUGGUACCUUUGUUUUUAAAAAAAAUAGACCAGGUCCACAAGCCCCUCCUGCAUCAGCAAGAUAUUGGUUUGUUGUUCAACUCUUUUUUCAGCAUAAUCAAUUCUGGACCGGUUAAUCCAAUCAAGUUACGUGGUCACUUGUGAUUAGUCACUCAGUGAUUUGGACAAACUCUGUCUGUUGGACAUACCAGAAUUGUUCAAAUAUUUGAUCACGUUUAAAACCAAGGUAUCAUUUGAAAUGAUGUGAGAAUGGUUGUUGUUGUUGUUGUUGAUCAUAUUUUUCACAGUUCUGUAGUGGAGCUUUCCAUACUGCAUUUGUUUUAUGAACCUGUAUAUAUUGUACCAUGAUAUCCAGAAGUGUGUAGCACAUAGAACGGUUUAUCGUUUUCAAGGAAAUAGAAGUUGAUUGUUUUUCUGAUAAUUGGAGAAGUUGGAUGUGGGCACUUAUGAAUCAUGUUUGAAUCUGAAACGAAUUUUACAAACAUUCUCUAAUAUAUAUAGAUAAAUGAUCCUUGAUGGAUAUUGUACGGGCAGUGAGGUAAUUAAUGGAUGCAUCUUGCUUUAGCUUAUUAAUAGCAUAUGUAGGAUGGUUUAGGAGAAUACUGCUAGACCAGUUUCAGAGAUCCAGCUAGGUGUAACCAGCGGUAGAAACUAACAGUUUUAGUCCAUUCGUCCUUAUAAUGAUAACAUAUAGCAAAACCCUUAAAAUGGAAAAUUUCUACUAACCUUAUGAUACCUUAACCAUUGGGCAGUUUGGCAAGGACUAUAGGACUAGUGCCAAUUUCUAACACUGUGUAACACACACUGAAGUAUUGCUGUCCGGUAUACUGCCAAGAAGGGAUGACAAGGAUAGUACCGGUAGGUUGAUGCAGGGGCUGUUUUGUCAUCUGGUUAUGUGAUGAUCAUCCGGAGAAACAGGUCAUGUUGUCAAGGCAUGAGACUAUUCAUUGCUAUGGAGACUCAUGUCAUGACAUAGUUACGACUUAUGACAUAAGGUCUCCAUAUUGUUUGAACUUCUUGGAGUGAUGGAGGUGUGGGGUCUAUGCACUCCAUUUCCCAGACAUAAAGAGUUGGACUUAUGUAGAUUUUCUCCAACUGGUUUUCUUGCAGUAUUCACAAAGAUGCUUCAUCAUAAUAUAUCAUCAUGCAGGAUUUUUAUAUUCUUACAUAGUGUGAAAGUGGGUCAAGUGAUAUAUGUGAAUUUGAACUUUACUAAUUGUUUGUAUUGUCAGUGCAGUUCUUUAGGCUCUUGCUCCGUGUGUGAAUUGUUUGAAGAAAAUAUAUAUGUACAAGGCACCAGUGAUGCUGACAAAUAAAUUCUGGUAUCUUUUUAAACACCUGUGGUGUAGAAGUAUUUGUCUUGAACUUCCAUUGAAGCGUCACCUUGUUAUGAACAUGUAUGUAAUAUGAAUGUGUUGAUGGUUAUAGUCACUGCACAUAUUCAGCUGAGCUGUAUAAACUUGCUGUUAUUCUUGCGACAUUCCAGCAAGAAUCUUUUUCAGUUUGGAUUUCACAAAGAUAUAGUGGAACUAAAUAUUGAUGAUACCAAUUCUCCAUCACUUGCCCAGAUUUGAAACAUGAAGUGUCAAUAUCCUUCAUUGUUGACAGAGGCUUCAUAGCACUGAAAUGUUUACAUGAGGAAAGUUCUUUCUUAAUUUAAUUCCCACAUGGGCAAUAUGAUUUAUAUUUACUUUAUCAUGUCUAUCUUCAGGUCAUAAUUAUUAGUAAUCAGUGUUCUGAUGUUUUUAUAUCUAAUAUUAAGUUACCUAAUUAGUGCAUAGAUGAGUAAAUAGUCUAGUGGAGGUAGAAUGUUAAUGAGAAACUAGUUACAUUUAUUAUUUGCAUAUCUGGACUUGAAUUAUGUAGACAUUCAUAGAUGUAUAUUAUUCGGAUCCUGUGUCAUUAUUAAAUAUUUGCUUCAAUGUUUCUCAGGCUUACAGGAUGAGAUUUUUCUAAGUUUCGAAAUGACCUUAUGACUGUAAUCUGAAAAGCAAGUGGUUUACGUUUGUAUUCAUGUUACAUGCAAGUAUUUGUUAGAAAUGUAGAUAGAAAUCCCAGCCCGAUUCCUCUACAUGUCCAUUCUCACAUCUGUAUUCACAAGUUGUUUCCACCUUUACAAAGUUAUCUCCCUUUGUUUACUGGCGUACACAUGUACACACUUGUAUUGUGAAUGCGUGUACAUUUGAUUGAAUAAAUAAUUUCAUUCUA